UUCAAUCAUGGUCUUGUUAAGUACCAACUUUCUACAAUAUUAUUCUGAGGCGCUAUUCAUCCUAAAAGUAGUUUGCAAAGCUAUUGCUAGUUCUAUGUAUAUUGUUUCCUCAAUUACUUCUGUCCUUGCAGUGGUCUCUGGCUGAUAGCAAGACUGGGUGACAAUAAGAGAGAAAAUAUUGGAGAUAACCAUCAAAAUUCAAAGCAAUUUUAAGAAAAUAAACAUUGUACUUUGAUGCAAUUGAAGAAUUCUUCUAGAAUAAAAUCAUGGUUUACUAGAUACGACAUCGUUUGGAACCAUAGUGAACUACUCAUUUCAUGCAGCGAUUUGCUCAUUUACCAACCUGAUCAAAAUUGUGGAAACAAUGCAAGCUAACCACCACAUUAUCACAUUUCCCACCCAUUACUUCCAUACUGCACCAACUCAAAAUCCAUCAUAUUCAAUAACCUAACGACUUCAUUUGGUUAUUCCAAGACGAUCCAAGCCUUUUCAUCAGCAGACUUCUUGUUGAAUCUCCAUGAUCAUCAAACUAGUUGUAUUCCUAGGGUGUAAGAAGCGAAAGCACCAUAUGAUAUCUCACACUUCUAAAAUCACAAGGUGUUAAAUGUGGUAUAUGUAAGACAUCCAUCAAUGUUGUCUACUCACAAAAGUCACCAGUUAAGACAAAGGGUUGCUUUCCUUUCUAUUUCAUAGAACCUCAACAUGUAAUUACAUGAUUAAAUCCUAUUUUAUUACCAUCAUCAAUGCCCUCAUGAGCAUGACAAUACAGCAUAUAUUAACCAGUGCACAGUGUUCUAUAAUUCACAGCCUUUUUGAUCGAUAAUAUCUGUGGUGAACUUGUUUACAUACCUAGGUUCCUUCAUCAACAAGAAUAAAGCAUUCUUCGAUGGAGAAAAAGUUCAUUUCAGACAUUAUUCAACUUCCACCCGGUUUUAGAUUCCACCCAUCCGACGAGGAGCUCAUCGUGCACUAUUUGAAAAACAAAGCAACAUCAAGUUCACUACCUGCAUCUAUUAUUGCUGAAGUAGAUCUAUACAAGUGCAAUCCUUGGGAGCUACCAGGUAAAGCUUUGUUUGGUGAGGAGGAAUGGUAUUUUUUCACCCCAAGGGAUAGGAAAUACCCCAACGGAGUGAGGCCUAAUAGGAUGGCAGGUUCGGGUUUUUGGAAGGCCACAGGAACUGAUAAACCCAUUCCCAGUUCAUGCAGCGGGAAGACUCUUGGAGUGAAAAAAGCUCUCGUGUUCUAUAAAGGACGCCCUCCAAGAGGAGUUAAGACAGAUUGGAUCAUGAACGAGUACAGAUUGCCCGAAGCAACGAUGUUGACUUCGAGGCAAAAGGGGUGCAUGAGGUUGGAUGAUUGGGUACUAUGCCGAGUUCGGCAGAAAAGCAACAUCUCAAGGAAGUGUGGGGAAGAUGGAUGUGGUCCUAACAAUGAACCAUUUGGUUACUCUCAGAAAGGAGACAAGCCUUGCUCUAAUAAUACAAACGCUAAUCUUGAAAUGAUCAGAGAUUUUCUAUACAGGGAUUGCCUGGUGCUACCACUCAUCUUCGCAUCUCAAGAUCUACCUUCCUUAGACACAGUUUCUAGCAUACCUGCUUCAUUCUGUGAAGACUAUUCUGCCACAAACUAUUCGCAAUACUCAGUUCCACCUUUUGACAACUUAAAUAAUGGGCAGAAGAGAAAGCUCAGUGAAGGAAAUCAGUAUGAUAAUUCCAUCCAACCAAAGAAGAAGCUGACCGGCAGAGAUAACCACUGGAGCGACAACAUCCCUGUAUUGAAUUUCUGUAGUACAGACCAGUAUGAACAAGGUAACAACUUCAACGCCAAUCAAUGGAAUUCUAUAAUCCAAUAUCAAGAGUUAAAUAACUUGACCUUCAUUGACUGAAGUAUUCAGGAAACAGUGUGGACAUGAGAUCUAGGUGUUUUAUUCCAUAAGUAAAUAUAUGUUUCAUGUAAAUAUCGAUGUUGGCGGGAGGCAAAUAAGUCUUGUACAACAAGGUCAUGUGAAUUUGUUUCAACAGGAAUGCUUCACAAAUAUAAUUUCUACAUCCAAACUGCUUUCAACUGAAAGAUCUUGUGGCUCACAUUCA